AUGGGGUUUGACUUGGGAACUACGCUACAAAAGAUGAACAUCUUAUCGGACACUGACAACACUUCAGUGGUUGCGAUUACCUUAUUCGUCGCACUUCUUUGUGCAUGUAUUGUGAUCGGUCACCUCUUGGAGGAAAGUCGCUGGAUGAAUGAAUCCAUCACGGCCCUUAUAAUUGGUGUAUGCACUGGAGUUGGGAUUCUACUAAUAAGUGGUGGAAAAAGCUCGCGUCUUUUGAUCUUUAGCGAAGAUCUUUUCUUCAUUUAUCUUCUUCCACCAAUCAUUUUUAAUGCCGGGUUCCAGGUCAAAAAGAAACAAUUUUUUCGCAAUUUCUCAACUAUAAUGCUGUUUGGAGCAAUUGGUACUUUGAUUUCAUUCGUCGUUAUAUCAUUUGGUGCUAUUGGCCUUCUCCAGCAAAUGGAUAUUAAUCUGGCAAUUGGAGAAUAUCUUGCACUUGGAGCAAUUUUCGCUGCAACAGAUUCAGUAUGCACCUUGCAGGUCCUAAAUCAGGAUGAGACACCUUUAUUGUACAGUCUAGUCUUUGGGGAAGGAGUCGUAAAUGAUGCGACAUCCGUGGUUCUCUUCAAUGCAGUUCAGAAUCUUGACCUGACUCAUAUAAACACCACUAUAGCUUUGGAGCUAUUUGGGAAUUUUUUGUAUUUAUUCAUAACAAGCACCAUAUUGGGAGUUGUUGCUGGACUGCUUAGUGCAUACGUCAUAAAGAAACUCUACUUUGGAAGGCAUUCCACAGAUCGUGAGGUUGCCAUUAUGAUGCUUUUGGCAUAUCUUUCCUACAUGCUAUCUGAAUUAUUCAAUUUAAGCGCUAUACUCACUGUGUUCUUCUGCGGCAUUGUGAUGUCACACUACACCUGGCAUAAUGUCACCGAGAACUCAAGAGUCACUACCAAGCACGCCUUUGCCACUUUGUCAUUUGUUGCUGAGAUAUUCAUAUUUCUUUAUGUUGGCAUGGAUGCUCUGGACAUUGAGAAGUGGCGUGUUGUAAGUAGCAGCCUGAAGACAUCAAUUUCUGUCAGUGGAAUUCUGAUGGGAUUGGUUUUGGUUGGACGAGCAGCCUUCAUUUUUCCUCUAUCGUUCCUGUCUAACUUGACCAAGAAGUCUCCAUAUAAUAAAAUCGACUUUAAGAAGCAAAUUACAAUUUGGUGGGCUGGUCUUAUGCGAGGUGCUGUUUCGAUGGCGCUUGCUUAUAAACAGUUUACAAGUUCGGGACACACCAAUGUACGUGAGAAUGCUAUUAUGAUUACGAGUACCAUAACAGUUGUUCUUUUUAGCACUGUGGUGUUUGGCUUGAUCACUAAACCUCUGGUGAGGUUCUUAUUACCUUCAUCAAAACAAUUAAUCAGAAUGAUUUCAUCAGAGCCAAUUACCCCGCAUUCCAUCACACUGCCACUUCUUGGCGGUGAGCAGGAGGAUUCCUUAACCGAUCUGUAUGGACAAAGCAUAACACACGGACAAACUUCAGAAGCUAGUGGGGUUGGCCAAAACAUACCCCGUCCAAACAGUUUACGGAUGCUCCUAUCCUCUCGUACUGUCCAUUAUUAUUGGAGAAAAUUCGAUAAUGCUUUCAUGCGUCCUGUUUUUGGUGGUCGUGGUUUUGUUCCUUUUGUACCCGGCUCUCCAACAGAAAGAAGCGUGCAUCGUUUCCCUGAAGAACUCGAAAAGCUGCAAGAACACUGA